AUGCCUCUCCACACCUGCCCUACCGACAAACCCCUUGACCUCAGUCUGUGGGACUAUCUGACCAAAACGGAGGGACUUCAAGGCAGCCACGAUGAUCCGCGGUUCGAGAUCGCCAAGUACCAGUUUGGCGACGCAGCCAAAAACUUCAAGAUCCAGCACCACAAAGCGCGCAUGUACUAUCAUGAAGCCAAGGGCGAGGGAAUAGUUGAAGAGGAGAUGUCCUUCGAGAGAUGGAGUCAAAUGAAUAUGCCCGCCCUGCAGAUAGCUUUACGCGAGUUCCAAUACAAGAAAGACCAGCUCGCCAAGGCGGGGUUGAUGAUUUAUGGGCCGGGAUACCAGGAGCGCAUGGAGCGCGGAGCUCACGAGUCAGCGACGAAAGCGACAGCGGAGGAUGGGUUCUUUAGCUGA